CUCAAAUUGACCGACCAAUUGUAUGUAAUUCGAGUGCAAUUAAAAUACAUUGCCGCGUUAGUCCGCCGAACUUCGGUAAAUUACCAGAUGGCAUUAGCUUACUCGACAUCCCAUACACAUACCGAGUGCUCACUCAGCUCCAAGUCAACCAGUCUGUCGUCAUUCUCACUUUGGCCCGUCAAGUCCCAAGUCCACAUCAUGUUCAAGUACGUGACCAAACUCGCCGUGGUGUCGGCGGUGUUUGCGACUGUACAAGCCAACAACUGCGCCGGCGCUGCCGAGCGCCCCCCGACCGCCGAGCUCCAGAUCAUCUCGUACAACGACGUGUACGAGAUGAAGCCAUACAACGACGGCAACGGCAUCCUCGUGGGCGGUCCAUCCCAUGUCGUGCCUUUGACCAAGACCCUGCGCAAAACGUACGAGAACAGCUUGGUCUUGUUCGCCGGCGAUACCAUGAGUCCGUCGCUGUGGUCGGCAUACUUCAAGGGGUUGCACAUGAUUGACGCGCACAACGCGAUCGGCGUCGACUAUGCUUGCUUGGGCAACCACGAGUUUGACUUUGGCAUUGACGGGUUCUUGAACGUCAGCGCCAAGUCGGAAUUUCCGUGGCUGAAUGCGAACGCGUACGAACUUAGCACCAAGCAGCUGCUGCGCGGCACCAAGCCGAACGCUGUCAAGACGUUCAAGUCCGCGACCAUGGGCUCGUUCAAGGUCGGGCUCUUUGGCGUGAUGUACGACAUGAAGGAUGACUCGAAGGGGCUGUACUGGACCGACCCGAUUGUGGCCGCCAAGGAGCAAGUCGCGUACUUGCGGGAUGUGGAAAAAGUCGACUUUGUGAUCGCGCUCACGCAUCAGUUCCUCGACGACGACAACGUCUUCUCCCAGGAAGUCAAGGGCGUGAACAUGAUCUACGGCGGCCACGACCACUCGGCCAUGUACCAGACCCAGUUUGGCACGCCGUACCUCAAGUCGGACCUGGACAUGCGCAACAUCUGGUUCUCCCACCUCAAGUGGUACGCCGCGCGCAGCAAGUCCAAUGGCACCGCCGCCACCCCCGCCUUCACCAAGAUGACGCACAAGAACUUUCCCAUCACCGAAGCGCUGCCCACCGACGCCGCGCUCGAUGCUGUUAUUGCCACGUACGAAGCCCAGAUCAAGGACCUUAACCAGCGCGUGGUCGGGUCGCUCUGCCAACCCACCGACCUGACCAAGCUCGCCGUGCGCUUCAAGGAAUCCCCCAUCGGCAACUACAUCAGCGACGGGUUCCUGUCCUUCUACAAGGCUCGCGUCAAUGUUGAAGUCGCCAUCAUGAACGGCGGCGGCAUCCGUACGGACCGCGUUUGGCCUGCGGGUGAGAUCAACGUCGGCGACCUCAUCUCGUGGUCCCCGUUCGGCAACGUGCUCGUGGUCGUGAGGACGGACGGCCUCUCGCUCAAGAAACUAAUCAACUCGGAGAUGGUCGCGUCGUGCGGCGGCAACAACUUGGUCGCGGAGAACGGCAUCUACAUCCACUCCGCCGGCGUGAAGUACGUGUUUGUGUGCAACGGGUUGAAAUCGGGCGCGGUCACGGACCUCACAUGGAUCGGCGGCAACCGCACCGGCGCCGUGCUCGACACGGACGUGUUCAACUUUGCCCUCCCUGACUUUGUGUACGCCCUGUUCAAGAAGGCCGGCGGCAACACCAUCCAGUUGAUCAUCCCGGCCGCCGAAGCGUCCCGCCACGAAGUCACGAUCGACGAGUUCACUAAGAUCCAACCGAACCGAACCGUGUGCCCAAAAUUGGAAGGCCGAAGUUUGGUCAAGUUUGCCUAGGUUGAUUUUAGAACAAAAAGUGAAAUAUAUUUUGAAUUCGCUAUAAAAAUUUCCAAAUUCUGAUUGGUUG